AUGGUGGCGGAUGAUCUUCGGAGUGAGUCCACAAAGACCACGCCCGGCCUGAAGCUCGAGGACGUUCAAUUGCCCGGAGCGUGCCCCGAUGAUGCCCCAGUGGCCAAAAGCCAAGGCGGUGCAGGCGGAGUCGGCGUGGGUGAUGUUGAAGCUGCAAAAGAAGCACCUCUGGCUCGAGACAGAAGCUUUGGGCUACGGCAGUUCAAGCAGAAGUGGAGCAGAUCUGUUUCUGCGCUCCCACCUCGUUCUGGAGGAGCUCAGCAAUUUGGGAAGUCGAUCAACAACAUGCAGCUCUUUUCUAUAGCGCCAAACACAGUGACGCCACUGAAGCAGCUGAAGAGCCAGAUGUCUGAUAUCGAAGGUCAGCUGUUUCGGUACCUACAGGACCGAUGCCUCGACGGCAAGUCGACGCUGCGUCGGCUUUCUGAGACAGUGGUCAUCAUUACUGCUUUCAUGGUGCUCAUCCCUUUGUUUACAUUCCUCCUCUACACUGUGCUGCCAAUGGCCUCACCAAAAGAGGGGUUUUGGGGCAACUGGAGCUUCAAUUUCUUGGCCCAUCCACUUCUCAACUAUGUCAUUGCAAGAGGGCAGAUUGAGAUGAUCGCUCGCAUCUUCAGCAUCCAGGAGAGGACCAGGAUCCGGUGGAUCGUCUGCCUCGUACCUUUGGCCGACCCACCUCUGUGCUUGCUGGCUCACUUGAUCCUGUCAUUUGCGGGCGUCUAUCCCAUUCCGGUGGCCCCGGUUCUCUCUUGCAUCCCAGCAUGCUUGGGCACUUUGGUGAUUUUCCUGCGGAUGCUGCCAAAGGACCUGUUGACGCCCGAGACCUUGCAGUUUGUCAAGUUCACCUGCCUGAAUUGGAUAUUCUGGAUGGGGGAGUUUGUCGCCCUGAUCCUUUGGGUGGCCAAGUUUCCCAGCAUGCCUGAGCAUUGGCAGGCCUUGAGCACAGGUGGAAUGUCCAUCCUUGUCGCUUUGACGGGAUCGCUGACACAGAAGUUGGCAGAUCGCAUGGGCUGUCCAAGGUACGUGACCAAUGAGGUGAAGCUUGCGGCUUUCUUUUUGAGCCUCUUGACCUCCGCGAGCCUCAUGUCCGCUGCCAAGAGUAUCGGCGUGGUGCUGCUCAUCGCCGCGCUGGAUGCAGGCAAGGCCUUGGCCAUGACUGCCAAGCUGAUUUGGGAGCUGGUCCAGGCACUGGAAGAAGAAGAUGGUAUCUAUGAUUAUGGAGGCGAGCUGGAUCCCGAGGAUAUCGCGAUUUCCGAGACAACCAAGGAAGAGGUGCCAAAGCGCUGCUGGAUGAUCUUCGCUGCGAAGGAAGUCCUGACCCGAAAGUUCCAGAUCACGAAACAGGUGGGGCAGAGGUUGAAAGCCGUCCUACGACGGGCAGAGGCGCAAAGCUUUGCAGAGAUGAGAAAAACCGAGAUCAGUGUUGCGGAUGUUGUUCUUUUGAAGAAGCUGACACAUUCACUGAGUUGUUUGGCUACGAUGGAGCUCUGUGAAGUUUGCAUUCCACUACUUUAUAUGAUGCUGGCGAGCCUCUUACAUUCCGGAGCAUUCACUGGGAACCGCGACUUCUUCCUGCACUUCCGAUUUGAGUCGCGCAGCGAGUAUUUUGAUGGCAUGGUGGGCAACUCCAUCGCAGUGGCGAUUGAAGCGACCGUUCUCGCCGUCUUGCAGGUCUUGCUCCUGCGACUGUUGGGCUUCAGCUUGCCCCUCCGCGCAUGGAGUCAUAUAGAAACGGUUUCGGAUUUCGGGUUUAGGGUAGCAGCCCACCAGGGGCUCUAUACGGCUGUCAACUUAAAGUUCUUUAUAGACUAA